GAGAGGUCAUUUUUCAAAAGUUAAGCAAACCACUUGAGAUGUGGCAGUCGAUUUACAUUACAUAAAAAAAUAACCAAGCAACACAUCCAAAGCAAGCAAAAUCCAGAACCUUUCUGCCGUUGUUCUACGUGCAAGUUGUGCAGUUGCAGACAAACCGUUGUUGUUUUAAUAAUUUCAUAAACAGUGACAAACUGUGUGUGUUCCCCAGAUCGCGGUGCAACGCGCAUGUUCUGAUAGCAGGACACGUUUGAAAUAUUCAAGAAUUCGCGCUUGCAUGGCAGUCGGUGUUCGUGCGUGAGUUGUCGACUUUGGCAUGGAAUAGGGGGCUUUUCUGGCAUCAUCAACCAAACGAACGGGAACAAAAUGAUACAGGGAUACGGACCGGUCAUGCAGGCCUUCCUGGGCACGCUGUUCACCUGGGGCCUGACCGCGGCCGGCGCUGCGCUAGUUAUCGUAAUCCGAGGCUCGCAGAGGAAACUGCUCGACGCCAGCCUCGGAUUCGCAGCCGGCGUCAUGACGGCCGCCUCAUUUUGGUCCCUGUUGGCGCCCGCCAUUGAAAUGGCCGAGGAAUCGAAAUUGUACGGCGAGAAAGGCGAGUACGCCUUCCUGCCGGUGGGUCUUGGCUUCCUGCUCGGCUCCCUGUUCGUUUAUGGGGCUGACAAGUUGAUAACGGUGCUGGGCGUACACUCCCCUAACAUGAUGCUAGCUCUCCAUGCCACAAGUAAUCGAAAAGACAGUGUCAGAAGUGUGAGACGGGACUCUCACAUGUCUAUCCCCGACUCGACUGCCAUCGACGGUUUUUCUGAUAAUAUUGGAUCAGUGCAACGCAGAAGGGUAGGUAAACAUGAACAAAAUUCGCGAGCAAAUGAAGACGUUUUUCCGUCCGUUCAGAGCUACGAAGGUGCGUCGAACAUCGAGGAGAUCCAGCACGGACAAUGGAAACGUAUCAUCCUCCUUGUGGUCGCCAUUACUGUCCACAACAUCCCGGAGGGUCUGGCCGUUGGCGUCGGUUUCGGUGCCAUCGGCAGCUCCGCCUCCGCCACAUUCGAAAGUGCAAGAAACUUGGCCAUCGGCAUAGGAAUCCAAAACUUUCCUGAGGGAUUGGCCGUGAGUUUACCCCUGCAGGCGGCCGGUUUCUCCACUUUAAGAAGUUUAUGGUAUGGACAACUUAGUGGUAUGGUGGAACCAAUAUUCGGAGUUCUUGGUGCCUUGGCCGUCGGUUUGGCCCAGCCAGCCCUGCCUUACGCCCUGUCGUUCGCGGCGGGUGCGAUGAUUUACGUCGUCGUCGACGACAUCAUACCAGAAGCGAAUACGAAUGGCAACGGAAAACUGGCCACUUGGGGUGCCGUCCUUGGAUUUCUGGUGAUGAUGACUCUGGAUGUAGGACUUGGAUAGUGUUUAAUGUCUGAAACUGAUAUUAGUCAAUUUUUUGAGAUUUUUUAUCAAUUCGACAUUUUGUUAACGAUAAGUAAAUUUUUUUAAAAAAAUGUAUACAGUAUUCUACGUAUUGUUCCUGUACAUAAAGACGUUUACGUUAUUUAUUUAAUAUUAAUUGAUAUGCAGUUUAGUAGUUGUACUUAAAUUUUAUUUUCAAGAUACUUUAUGUUUCUUACCUUACAUUUUUUCUAAUAGUACUUAGAUCGACCGUGCAUUGUAAAAUUGUACAUAAUCAUGUCAGAACAUUCAUCAGUUCAAUUUCCUAGCAACUACUGCUGUGAUAGAAUAUAAUUGUAAUUAAGAAAUAAUUAAAUUUUUAAUCAAGA